ACUGUCACUCACACAAUAUAAUGAAUGCGGCUUUGUGAAAAAAAAAAAUAUCGAGCGCAUUUGCUAUGAUGAACGAAACUAUCGAUACAAGAUUGAUUUGCCGGCCUGUUUGUAUUUCGUAAAAUCGAGAUUUUUAUUAAUUUUUUUCAAGAAAAACAAACAUUUAUUCAUUUAAAAUGUACAAUGAUAAUGAUAUUGAUUAUGUUAAAAAACAGAAAAUUGUUCAUUAUGGAAGUUUGGAAGAUUCGGUUCGUAUGUUACAACAAUCAAACCAACAACAACAGCCAGAACCAUCAACAUCAUCGAAUAUCAAUACAUCGAAUCAAUAUUUUGAUCUCAAACCAGCACCAUUAUUGAAUAAUGAUAAACAAAAUGCAUUGGAAGAAUUGGAACGGAAACGUAAAGCACGACAGAUUGCUGUCUCUACGGAUGAUAUCGAAGUACGUGCCCAUCUUCGACAUCUAAAUCAACCGAUGUGUUUGUUCGGCGAAGGCCCUGCUGAUCGUCGUGAACGUCUUCGACAAUUAUUGGCAAGGCUCGGUGAAGAUGCUAUCAAAAAGAAUAAAGAUGAAGAUCGAAGUCAAGAGGAAAAAGAACCUAGUAAAACUUGGUAUCAUGUUGGAAGUGAAAAUUUAUUGAAAGCUCGUCAAUGGAUUGCCGAAUAUUCGAUACCGAAAGCAAAAGAACGAUUAAAAGAGGCAAGACAUUAUAAACAAAUCCCAUACGAAGUUCGUGAAGCAAACAAUCAGGAACUGUAUAAAAAAUUACGAUCAAUGGAAAUCAGCUGUUCACAAGUGGCCGAUCAACGGCCCAUUUCUAGUUGUUCAUUCAGCCCGAAUGGUUCGCUAAUUGCGACAUCAUCAUGGAGUGGUCUCUGUAAAAUAUGGUCACUGAAUGGAUUACAGCUGAAAUAUACACUUCGUGGACAUAAUUGUAAUGCUGAUGACAUUGCAUUCCAUCCUCGAUCGACAAUUGAUCAGCCAGAAGAAGCUGUAAAUCUAGCAUCAUGUAGUGUAGAUGGUUCUGUACAUCUUUGGAAUCUUGGCAAAGAAGAACCUAUACAUUCAUUGAAUGGUCAUCAACCACAUCGUGUGAGUAGUAUUGGUUUUCAUCCAUCUGGACGAUUUCUCGCCACUUGUUGUUAUGAUAAUUCAUGGCGUUUAUGGGAUCUUGAAUAUAAUGAAGAAAUUCUACAUCAAGAAGGUCAUUCAAAACCUGUACAUGAAAUUGAUUUUCAACGUGAUGGUAGUGUUGUUGUUACAGGUGGCCGUGAUGGUUUUGGCCGUGUUUGGGACCUACGAACCGGACGUUGUAUAAUGUUUAUGGAUGGACAUCUCAAAGGUGUUAUAUCGGUAUCGUUCUCACCGAAUGGUUAUCAAAUUGUAACUGGAAGUGAAGAUAAUAGCGUUAAAAUAUGGAAUCUACGUGAACGUAAAUUAGAAUAUACUGUUGCUGCACAUACGAAUAUUGUUUCAAAAGUACGUUUCGAACAUAAUUUAGGAAACUAUAUAAUGACAGCAUCCUAUGAUAAUACGAUUAAAUUGUGGGCACAUCCAGCAUGGACACCGAUCAAAACACUUAGUGGUCAUGAUGGUAAAGUGAUGUGUGUGGAUGUAUCAAAUGAUAAUAAUUAUCUAAUAUCAUGUUCAUUUGAUCGAACGUUUAAACUAUGGGAACAACAACAUCUUUGAUCAUUUUGUCAUUUAAUCAUUUUUGUUUUGUAUAUUCCAUUUCAUUUGAUAUA